AAUGUUGUUGGUGUAGUAGUAUUUAGUGUUGCUGCGGGAGGAAGAGCAAAUAAAAAAGAGACAAAAAAACACAUAAUUUCGUACAAAUAAUUACAAAGCAAUCGCAAGUGACGCCAUUUUUUACAUAAAUCAUAUAAUUAUAUUCAGAUUUUACAAAGAACAAUAGACUCGGAAAGAAAAUCCAUAUUCUGGAAUCCCAAAAUAGUGUGUGUGUAUGCUAAACAGUGUAUUGAAUUCUAUUAUUUUUGUGAAUUGUCGACGCAUUUACGAACUUUGAAUUCCUUCGUUUUUUAAUGAGUUUAAUCAAUUUCCUCAAUCCCAAAUUAAAACCCACGGUUGAGUGCGAUGCCGUCUGUGAAGAUGGCUAUGGGGUAUCCAACCUUAUUGCCGACGAUGCUGAACAGCUGCAGCGUGGCUUUAUGGCCUUCUCGGUGAGCAAACCACCGAUUGAGAUUGUCUUUGAAUUUCCCAAGGCCAUCGACUUGAAGGUGAUUAAACUUUGGAACAGUCAUGGUGCAUUAAGGUCAACAGCCUUCGAACUGCACGGCAAAUAUGAGGGUAUUUGGGAGCGUGUGGCCUAUGUGCGUGACUUAGCCAAAGAUGUCGAUUCGCUGACAUUUUGCUAUCAAAGUGAUUACAGUUCAAAGAGUUCCGAACAGCAAUCGAGUGAGAAAGUUUUUUUCUUUAAGACAGCACACAAAAUGCUCUCUAAUACCAACAGUAUUAAAUUGAUUAUACGUGCCACACAAAAAUGUCCCCCGGUCUUGCGUAAAGUGCAGGUUUGGGGCCUGCCAGCACGUUCACUAGAUAAGGCCGACAGGGAGUUAGUUAAGAGUAUAUGGAAUGAAAUAACCAAUCCCUAUGAUUAUGGUGGUAUGCGUCAGCGUGAUGAUGAUGCCGGACAAAGAUCACCUUCUAGGUCAAUACCGGAAUUAAAUAAAUAUUCAACACUUAAAAUACCGGAAGAGUUCCUAGAUGCUAUAACAUGGGAACUGAUGAUCUUUCCAACCGUUUUACCAUCCGGUAAAGUCGUUGAUCAAUCCACAAUCGAUAAACACUCCGAAGAAGAAGCAAAAUGGGGUCGUUUACCUUCGGAUCCCUUUACUGGUCUUGAAUUUACAACACAUCGUAAGGCUAUUUUGAAUUUAGCUCUUAAAGCACGCAUUGAAAAGUUCCUAAUGGAGAAUUCUGAACAUUUUAAAACUGUACCACGUUCUCUGGGCAGUUCUCGAGUACGCCGCAGCAAAAAUAGACAUGCCUCGCAAUUUGCUAGUCUCUGUCAUCAGCAUACACCCGGUGUUUAUUCAUCUCUAUCGAAAUCUUAUAAAACUACAGCCACAGCCACCCUGUCAUCCACAGAUGGUAAUAAUACUGAUAUUAUUGGGAGUGUUGGUUCAGCUUCAUCAUCAUUUGAUAUACCAGCUAAACGGGCUAGAUUAAUGGAGUCAACUGCUCUUGCAGCCUACACCACAACAACAGCCAGUAAAUCACGUUUAAAUAAGAAAUACGCUACCUCGGUCACAUCCUCCACAACCCUAACUUCCUGCUCUACUCCCCUGCUGUUGGCCUCAACAGCUACCCAAACUUCUGCCACAGCUACCGCAUCAUUCUCCAAAUGUUCCACUUUAAUCAGAGAAGCCAAUGCUGCCAACACCACAACUACCAGCACUUCUGCCACAGCAACUUCCACCUCCUCUGGCAUAGACCAGGCCAUACAACAAGCUUUACAGAAAAUUACACGAUUUUCACAAUUACCCCUAAAGCCUACACCACAGCCCGUGUCUUGUAUUAAAUGUCAGACCACAGAAUUUUCUUACGAAAUACAAACUUGUGGUCAUUUGGUGUGUCGUGAGUGUUUAGUCACACUUACACGUGAUGAAAAAUGCAUUUGUAGUGUAACAUUUCGUUCUGCGGAUGUGGAACGUUAUCAUAGAUUGUGAAUGAAUAACAAAAUGAAAAAUAAUUAAAUUUUAAAUAUAUUUUUUUGUUUUUGGUUAAAAGGUUCAUAUAACCAACAUUGAACCCAGACUAAACAUUUUAUAAAAUUUAUUUGCUUUUAUUAUUAGUCGUCAAUUUGUUUAAUCUAGUUUGUUUACAAAAGCAGGUUUACUUUUUUUCAAAUAUAUUAUUUUUUUUAAGUUUUAGUAAUUAGAUUCAUAUUAAGAUUGGCUAAGUUCAUGUUUAACUUAAUUUGAAACAUAAAUCAAAGUUUUAAUACUCAUUUUGUUUUUCCAAAACAAUGUUACAGUUUCAAAUUUAAUAAUUGACCAACAUGAAUAUUGAAUUAUAGUUGAGUUUCUUUUUUUUUUAGGAAAAUAUGCUGUUACUGAGUUUUUAGUUGGGGUUUUUUUUUUAAAGUUGAAAUUAUUUUUUUAUAGUAAAGUUAAUAACAAUUGUUUCUUAUUUUAUAAAAAUAAUAAUAAAUAUAGCUAAAUCAAAAAAAGUAAAGUUGGAAAUUGUUCUUAAUUAUUUGGCAUUAUAUUUAAAAAAAUUUGAAAAUAUCUUUGGCAAAUACAUACUCAGUUUAACAGUGUAUUUUUAUAUAAGUUUUUAACUUUAUAUUUAAACAAUUUAUCUCAUAUUCUACCACCGUGCAUUAAAGCAUAAAUAUUAAAUAUUAAUUUUUUGAAAUAAAUUUCAUUUAUAGCUUUAUUAAAUUAUUUAAAAAAAACCUUAUAAUUUGUUUUUUUUUUUAACACAAUACACUACAAUCAAGAGUGCAAAUUAUCAAUAUACAAAAUAUAAUUUUAUUGCUAAUUUUUUUAUUAGAUUUCAUUUCAAACUUUUUAUUAAUAAGCCGAAGAGUAAAUAAACCAACAAGAAAACCCUCAAAUAAAUGAAACGUAUGUUUCCUUAAAUCAACCACAAUUUAAUUAAUAAGUCAACAAAAAUAAUUUAAUAAAUUGCUAACAUAUAAACAAAGCAAGUUAUAAAAUAUAUCAUAUAUAUUUUUUCAUAAACAUAUUUUACA